UUGAUUCUAAAGCUACACACUGGAGGAGUUUAUCAUUAUAGAAAUUCACGUAAAAAACAAUAUGUGGUUUGGGAACGUUCUUUUAAUUUUUGGCAUAAUUGGGGUAGCAUUUUCAGAUGACUGUCGUUUUGGAUCGGGAAAUCUUAAAGGGUGUCCAUAUGGAGGUAAAUGUAUACCUUUCGGCAAGGAAUGGUAUGUCGAAAAUGGAGAGGUCCUCAGAUGUGUGGGAAACAAGAAACACUACUUUCUAGAGUCCGUUACAGGAGGUUUUUGUAAAGACAGAAGUGGAUUUAAAGGUUGUUUAUAUCAAGGCAUAUGUCAGGAAUUUGACUCAACCUGGAAAGAUUUUAGAGGCGCAGAACUUAAAUGCAAGAAGGAUGAAAAACGGGGAUUUAAAAUCGAAACUAUAAAAGCAGGGCCUUGUCGCAAUUUAAAGAACGAAUAUAUUGGAUGUUUGUAUGAGGACAAAUGUUACCUUUUCGACAGACAAUGGGUAACAAAAGACUGCCAAACUAUAGAAUGCAAAGGAAACAAGUGGAGUUUUAGAAAUCAAGUUAUAAAGAAAGGUUUAAAGAAUGCAGAUGGAUCGUGUAAAUAACUGAUUAAAAUGAUAACGGCAAACAGGCGGCACCUAUUUACGAGACGAUGUAUUUUCACGCACGUUGAAAAAUGAAAAAUAAAUAAGUUCUAUUACUUAGAGUGUUCACGUUUUCUUUGUAGAUAAUAUUAUUUGUGUGGUUUAUACUAUAUGUAAAACAUGAUCAAUGGAGUAUAAAGAAAUGUAAUUAACAACAAAGGACAUAUUA